CAUUCCAUAUACAACAUAAGAAAUGUGGUGUAUUUUUGUCUUAAGUUUUGGUAUUCUUUGCGAAAUUAUUGUAGCUGGAAAUCCAGUAUGUAGAAAUCAACGACCUGGUAGCUGUUGUUUGUAUGGGAAGGAGUAUGAGAAUGGAGAGUCAAUCCUUGAAUUUCCUGACAAAAAACAUAAUUGUCAAGGGAUUUUGUGUAUUUUCGGCCAGCUUUUAAAGGUUGAUAAUUAUCAAUGUAUCCAAAGUCAACACGAAAAUUCGAAGAAAUCCCUUUUUCAAAACCAGUAUCCCUCGACAACGUACCCUCCAGCUCUUUCAACGAUUGGAACUUUCCAUACAUCGCCUAAUUUCAUGUGCCACUAUAACGGAAAGUGGUAUAUGCCAGGAGAGAUGAUUGAACAAGGACAAAGUGGAAACUGGUGUUACUUCACACAGUGUUCAGACACUGGUCACGUGAUCUAUGGUGAUAACUUUAACUGCGGAACGACCUAUCCAACUACCAUCCCACCCACCACAACACCAUUUCGAACCACUACCCCAGCCACAACCACUACCACCACGUCAUUGAUCAUUACCCCAAUGUACUGCUUUUUUAAGGAUCCAACUAACCACCAAAUGGUUGUUUGGCGCGGAGGAACUACAGACAAAUUAAGCGAUGGCACAGUUUGUAGAUGUGAAUACUGGGGGAGACUCUCCUGUCCUGAAAAUAAUGUAGGAAAAUAAAAUAAA